AUGACACAAUUAGACGAGGUUGAAUGGAGAUCCCCCGAAUUUAUCAAUGCCUAUGGACUUCGUACUGACAAUGUACUCGAAUACCUCUCGCUUUCGCCCUUUUGGGAACGCACCUGUUCUAACCAGGUGCUGAAAAUGCAGCGCCAAGUUGAAGAAAAUUCAAUGGGGGUUGUCCCCACUUUUGAUACCUCACUCCGCAAAAUGCGCGGUAUUGAAUUUGUGCUUCAUCAUUAUAGGGAACCUGAUUUGUGGAUCAUUCGCAAGGAGAGACGUUUCGAUAACGGCCGCGUGGCGCACGCGCGGAGUCACGUGGCCGCGCCACUUUCUGAGUUUCUACAAACACCUCCUGGGUUGGGUGCCCCGGAUGAUGUCACUCCAUUGGCAGACAUAUGGGUUGUAGGUGCCAAUGUCUACAUGGCGCCCAAUAUUCUCGAUGUAUUAGAACAGCAUCUAUUACGGACAACGUUGGCCAUGAAUAACGUCCAAAAUCAAAUACAUGGAGAGAACCCAUUUAAAGAAGAUACUAAUCCUCAAAAUGGGGCAUCCACAAAAUUUUUAAAUACAAUCCCAUCCAAAACUUUAACUACUUUUCAUAAAGCGCCUGCGCCACCUGCGUCUGCGUCCGCGGCACGUGCACGAGCACGUGACGUGCACGACCAGCUGGCGGCGCAUGCACCACAGUUUUUUCAAUUUUGUGUGCGCGAACAUCAUUUGCUAGAAACGACUAAAAGAGACGGUGGUGUAAUGGGUCAAUAUGAAGAAACGAGAGAUGGGAAAAAAUAA